CAUGUGGGGAAGCAGAUAUUGUUUUUAAUACAAUGUUUUUCCUUCUGUAGUGGAGAAAAAAGCUGGAAUGACUCCCCCAGGGAAUUUGUGCAUCUUUAAAAGUGUGUUCCCCAUUUGUCCUCCGGGGAAUGCUGAUGCAGGAGCAGAGGCAGCAAGAAGCUGAUAGACGAAGGAAGGAGUCGGGCUGGAUAAUAGAUGACCCUAUUACUUGGGACGCUUCCCCUUGGAAUGGGCCGUCUCUCCCAGGAACGCCUGUUAAGACUCUCUAGGCUCUGCCGCACACUCGGGAUGGAAGGUGGAGUCGUUGGCGUCAUUAAGCCCGGCUUUAAGGAAAGACGUCCUGAUGGUGGUGCACGGGAACGCAGCCAGGCCAGCGAAUAUGAAGGCGUUGGGACAUGUCAUGGAUGUCCAUGCGUGCGUGUUGACCUCAUCACGUGUCGUCCUAUACCAAGGAGGUUCAUAACCUCUCCUGGGAUCUGGGAGGAGCUCCACCCUGACAAGGCUGCUAAUGGACCGCAGGUUUGUUUCGUCAACGGUGGGCAUCUGGUUACAUCACGGCGGUCGUGUAAACUCUUCAUGUCAUCGUAUUUUAUAUCCGUCUGCAUUUACGUUUAUUGUUACGGUUAUUUUGCAGUGUUUUGCAGUCUACGGAUUUGCAGCAGGAUUUUCACUGCAUGAUUUUUUUUAAUUCCACAGUCAACAGGACCAUUGAAAACCAGAGGAAAUAUAAAAAAUAAUUUUUUGUGGAAAAAGCCCUUCCUGACGCCAUGGAUCACCACGCCACCUCCGUCAGCUACACACUGGUGGAUGAAGGCAACAUGGAGGACCAGCGCUCCAUGCUGCCUCCACCCAGGACGCUUUCACCCCGUCUGGCCCGCCCUCCCCAUUGCGGGCUACACCACACGGUGUGGCUGGACAGGACCCAGGCCAUGGCCACCAUGCCUUUAUACAACGGCCACCUUUGCCCUAGAGUCUCUCCGUGCUCCGUGAGGAGAGGAGACAAAACGAAAGGCAAGGACAGGAAACGGUCAGAUGGUUGCAAACAACCCCUCAAGGAGCGUAAUCACAAAGGCAAAGCCAAAAACUCUUCUAGACUCCAGGAGAAAGCGUCCUCCUUUAAUGAUGGUUCCCUUUGCGGGUCACCCUUUAAGAGCUGCACAAGGCAAGUCCACCUCCAGGAUGCAAGGAGACCAGGCCACCUUUCCUUGGAGAUGAACGACCGCCAGAGCCUCCCGGAGAUCAUCAUCACCAGCAGGGACGACGACGUUCACGCUCACAAAGAGUCUCCUCCGUCUGAGGCAGCGGGCCUGUUGCCUGGGUCCGAGUGCAACACCCCCCAAACUCCUCAAUCCAGUCCCAAACACAAGGCGGACACGAAGGACGACCAGUACUGGAAGACCCACAGCAUCGGGUGGCGGCUGGUGCGUAGGAGGGCUCUGUUUCUCCGGAGGCAGCGCCUGAACGACUGCGCUCUUGCUGUGGGGAUUUUUGGCAUGGUCAUGAUGGUGAUGGAGACGGAGCUCUCCUGGAGCGUCUACAGCAAGAGCUCCGUCUCCUCGCUCACGCUGAAAUCCAUCAUCAGUGUGUCCACCAUCAUCCUGCUGGGCCUGAUUGUAGCGUACCACUGCUGUGAGGUGCAGCUCUACGUCCAUGACAGCGGGGCGGAGGAUUGGCGUAUCGCCAUGACGACCGAACGUUUGGCCCUGAUAGCGCUGGAGCUGGCGGCGGUGGCCAUCCACCCCUACCCCGUGGGCCUGAUGGCGUACUUCCAGCAGACCGCCGCGCCGCUGCCGCUCUCCGAGACGGAGCUGGAGAUCGUGCUGGCGCUGCCCAUGUUCCUCAGGCUCUACCUGCUGGGCCGCGCCAUGAUGCUGCACAGCCGACUCUUCACCGACACGGCGUCCCGCAGCAUCGGGGCGCUCAAUAAGAUCCACUUCAACACCCGCUUUGUGGGCAAAACCCUGAUGACCACCUAUCCGGGCACCGUGCUCAUGAUCUUCAGCGUCUCCCUGUGGAUCGUAGCCGCCUGGGGUCUCCACGUGUGCGAGAGGCACCACAACUACAGGGACCUGAGCAGCAACUACAUGGAGGCCCUGUGGAUGGUCUCGGUCACGUUCCUGUCCAUCGGCUAUGGUGACGUUGUCCCUCACACCUACUGCGGAAGGAGCAUCUGCCUCCUCACUGGGAUCAUGGGAGCGGGUUGCACCGUGUUGGUGGUGGCGGUGGUCGCACGCAAGCUGGAGCUGACGCGAGCUGAGAAGCACGUGCACAACUUCAUGAUGGACUCGCACAUCUCCAAAAGGAUAAAGAUUGCAGCAGCAAAUGUGCUGAGAGAGACGUGGCUGAUCUACAAACACACCAAGCUAUCCAGAGAAAAGGACCACACCAGGGUCCGAAUGCACCAACGGAAGCUGCUGCUGGCCAUCCACGAGUUGCGGCGUGUGAAGGUGGAGAAGAGGAUCUUAGCCGAUCAAGGUAGCACACUAGUGGACCUGUGCAAGGUGAGAGAGAUGCAGAACCUCAUGUACGACGUUCUGGCCGAGGUGCAGGGCUGCAGGUCCGAGCUGGACACACACAUCCACGGCUUGGAGAAACACGUGGAGGAGUUGAGGGAGGGUUUCCGGAGUCUCAUGCCACUCCUGUCCAACACUUUGUCCAUGCAGAACUCCUCCAUCCGACACCUGCUCAGAGAGAGGGAGGAGAAGAGCGAGACAGCAGCAGGGGGCGGUGACAGGUAGAGUGGCGCCCCCCGGUGGAGGAUGUUAGUAUGGCUGCUUUUGUGCAACAUUUGCAAUGAAAUCCUGUAUCAGUUCUGCCUUGAUAGACAAUCAUUACUUUAGGUUGGCAUUGCAGUUUUUCUUGCUAAAACCACAAAAAAUGAUCUGCAAUUUUGAAGCUAAAAUACCAAAUGUGCUCAUCAGAUUUGAUUUACUUUAUGGGGAUAAUUAACUACUAGAACAGUUGUUACAUCUCACAUAGCAUUUCUGCUACCUCCUAUUGCAAUCAAAUUUUAAUACAUUUGCAUUUAUUUUGUGUUUGAGCACUAAUGACAACUCAAGAGUUUGAGUCCGAUACCAAUGUCCAAGUAGCUUUAUGUAUUAAAUGUAAAACUGCACUUUCUAUGUUGUUCUGUAUGUUUAGCAGUAACUAAAUGGUGGGAGUGUGAUGUCAAAAAUAUAGAUUUGUAAUAAAGCAAACAAUUGUUUAACCAAACGAACAUUUUAUUGAGAGAGACAAGGAUGGAGGGUAGAGUUACAGCGAUCUUUCAAGCACAGACCAAGUCUGUCAUUGCAUCCAUUUUCCACCGCUGACAUCGACCGGUCCAUCACCUCCUCUACCUUUCAGCUCCGGGGAGACCAUUUUAGUGCUGCUUCCUCCUGAAAGA